AUGUCAGAGCCACAGUCCUCGCUUUUAUUAAAAAAGCAACUAGCAGAACUGAACAAAAAUCCAGUAGAAGGUUUUUCUGCUGGGUUGAUAGACGACAAUGACAUAUACAGAUGGGAGGUCCUCAUCAUUGGCCCUCCAGACACAUUAUAUGAGGGCGGAUUUUUCAAGGCACAUUUACAUUUUCCAAAAGAGUACCCUCUGAGACCACCCAGGAUGAAAUUUGUCACUGAAAUUUGGCAUCCAAAUAUUGAAAAGAAUGGUGAUGUGUGCAUAUCAAUAUUGCAUGAACCAGGUGAUGAUAAGUGGGGUUAUGAGAAAGCCUCAGAAAGAUGGUUGCCUGUACACACGGUUGAAACUAUUCUGAUAAGUGUUAUUUCUAUGUUGGCUGAUCCCAAUGACGAGAGUCCUGCUAAUGUUGAUGCUGCAAAAGAGUGGAGAGAAUCAUAUUCGGAGUUUAAAAGAAAAGUAGCGCAGUGUGUGAGAAAGAGCCAGGAGGAUUGUUCG